UUUUCAGUUCUGCAGAUAAAUCAGUUUCUUCCUCUUCGACCAGCACAAGAGUUUUAUUUUAUUAUCCCCUAAAUCUCAGUAAAAAAAACUUUAAGUAUUCAGACCCUUCUUCAGUACAUGGUCGAAGCCCCUUUGGCUGAAAUUACAGCUGCAAGUAAUCUUGGAUGCGUCUCUACGAACCCGGAUUGGGGCAAUUUAUCCCAUUUGUCAUGGCACAUCCUCUGAAGCGCUGCAAAAUUGCAUGAUGGCAAACGAGGCGAGGCCGUGCCCGUGUGAUAUCGGGGACAGGACGGAGUACGGCAGUCUCGGAGACGAGCUUCAAAUCGAGCACAUUAAGGCUUACAUAGUGAAACCUAAAGAACCAACAGAUAAAGCUGUCAUUGUAAUUCAGGAUAUUUAUGGAUGGCAGCUUCCCAACACCAGAUACAUGGCUGAUAUGCUGGCCUCCAACGGAUAUACCGCUGUUUGUCCAGACUUCUUUGUUGGAAAGGAGCCGUGGAGUCCUUCCAGUGACUGGUCAACAUUUCAGCAGUGGCUGGAGGACAAAAAACCCACAAACAUUAACAAGGAGGUGGACGCGGUUUUGAAACACCUAAAGGAACAAUGUGGAGCCAAACGGAUCGGAGUGGUCGGGUUCUGUUGGGGCGGAGUGGCCACACACUACCUGGCACUGCAGUGUCCAGAAAUCAAGGCUGGAGUUUCAGUUUAUGGGAUUAUCCGAGAAAAAGAGGAUCGUUACGAGCUGAAAAGUCCCACUCUGUUCAUCUUCGCCGAGAAGGACGCCGUGAUUCCGCUCGAGCAGGUAACAUCGCUCGAGCUGAAACUGAAGGAGAAAUGCACCGUCGACUUCCAGGUGAAGAUCUUCCCUGAUCAGACUCACGGAUUCGUGCACCGCCAACGAGAGGAUGUUAACGAGACGGACAGACCGCACAUUCGGGAAGCUCGCAAUGACAUGAUUAACUGGUUAAAUAAGUAUGUCUAAAAUGAAGCAGGGACCAGUCGGUCAUGCAGAAUGUUUCAUAUCAGUGAGGCAUCGUUUGCAUUUUGAGAUACUGCAGAAUCAGAUGUCUGCCACAAGCCCGAUAUACGUAUACAUACAAUAUAUAUAUGUCAGUAUUCCCUCUUAUGAUUGACUUUAGGUAUUUCAGCCAAGUGAGGGUGUGCUAAAGGCCGUGUUAUAUUAAUUAUAUAAAAUAAAUAAUAUGCCUUCAA